GCUGGUGAGAGGUCCCUGUGAUGAACGGGCCCUGGAAGUGCAGAGGCCAAACGGUUUUCAGAAAUCUUUCAAUCGUUUUUUCUGUUUUGAAGCAUGGAUUACAUAGUGGGAAGCCUGGUUUAGCAUUUUGUGAGUAAUUCAUCACAAACAUAAAAACCAGAUUUCAUCGACGGAAAAAUCAAGUUUUCACCGGUUUUCGCCGUUUCUGCAACCGGCAGUAACUGCUGGAUUUUCGAUUGAUUAUGAGUUUUUCGCCGGAUGUGAUGGGGAUUUUUCUUAGUGCUCUAGCAUCGAGUUUACAAGGUUUAACAAUGGGACUAAAUAAAACAGAAAUAAAUCUGAGGAGGUUGCUUCGUUUUGCUCCUAAGCAGCAGAAUCCAUCAAAACUUGUGCAUUAUGUUGCUACCUCAAGGGAACUAUUAGAACAGUUGAAGAAAGAUAGUGCAUCAGAUGGCUUACCAAGUAUCUCUAAAGCGAACUUGAAUGAAUAUUCCGAGAGAAUUGAAGCACUUGCAGCUACAUUAGCUUCCAUGAGACCAAAUGACCUAGUUCAGGCUGAUGUCCACGGGUUGAAAGAUUCAGGUGACAUCCAACCUGAAGAAACACUGCCAAGACCAGAGCCAAGUCAAAUGAACAAGCCCUCAUCACAAACUCUUAGAAGGAGAUAUUUGUCUAACUCAGAAGGAGAUGCCAAGGUUUCUGACAAGAGAGACAACAAUUCCUCUGCUAAGCUAGACAGUUAUGCUCAGGAGCACAUAGAAAAGCAUCGGAAACUACAGGAGGACCUCACAGAUGAAAUGGUUGUCCUAGCACGGCAGCUAAAGGAGAGCAGCCUGUUGAUGAGUCAAUCAGUGAAGGAGACUGAGAAGAUACUUGAUUCUACUGAGAAAGCUGUGGAGCAUAGUCUAGCCAGCACUGGCCAUGCCAAUACGCGUGCAAUGGAAGUCUACUCACGGAGCUUCAACACUACAUGCUUCACAUGGCUCUUGAUCUUUGUCAUGAGUUGCGUGUUUGUCAUGGUUGUGCUUCUCAUACGUGUUACUUGAAAAAAGGGUCUUCUGGAUAAUCAUAUUCCAUGUGCUACAGUAUCAUGGCUUCUGCAUUAUCGUGCAGCAAGUGGAUUUGAAGAUUUUCAGGAAGAUUGUAAGAUGGCCGAUGAAAUCCCAUCAGCUAGUCAAUCUUUUUCAUGCGUGCUUGUUAUGGUUGUGGUUUCCAUAAUGCAUCAAGAAAAGUUUUUCCCCUGAUCGCCAUGAUGCUUGUGUUACGUUUGUCUCAAAUAGGUUUUCAUGGCUCUUUUGCACCAGUCCGCAGAAGAUGGCUUUGAAGAUCUGUCCUGAACAUGUGUGAUGGCAUGCAACUCCAUAGCUAGUACAUCUUUUAGAAUUUCAUAGGGUACAGCUGAAGGCUUGCUGCAUCGCAGAGUGUAGGUAUUGGACUGAUUAAGCCUUCUGUCACUUGUCAUGUGUCUUAAAUGUGACUAUAAUUAGUCUGCAACCAAAUAAAAUUUGAUACAUGUAUAUA